UGGAUAAGUCAGGUGACGCUGCGGGGCGGGCGGACAGACUGCGGGGCGGACGGUGGACGCAGGGACGCGGGUUUAGCUGUGGCCCCACGGACCCGAGCCCCGCCGUCGUUGCCGCCAUGACGGGGCUAGCGCUGCUCUACUCCGGGGUCUUCGUGGCCUUUUGGGCCUGCAUGCUCGUCGUGGGAAUCUGCUACACCAUUUUUGACUUGGGUUUCCGCUUUGAUGUGGCAUGGUUCCUGACUGAGACUUCCCCCUUCAUGUGGUCAAACUUGGGCAUUGGUCUGGCUAUCUCCCUGUCUGUGGUUGGGGCAGCAUGGGGCAUCUAUAUUACUGGCUCUUCUAUCAUUGGGGGAGGGGUGAAGGCCCCCAGGAUCAAGACCAAGAACCUGGUCAGCAUCAUCUUCUGUGAGGCUGUGGCCAUCUAUGGCAUCAUCAUGGCAAUUGUGAUUAGCAACAUGGCUGAGCCUUUCAGUGCCACUGACCCCCAGGCCAUUGGACAUCGAAACUACCAUGCAGGCUACUCCAUGUUUGGGGCAGGCCUCACAGUGGGCCUGUCUAAUCUCUUCUGUGGAGUCUGCGUGGGCAUCGUGGGCAGUGGAGCUGCCCUGGCUGAUGCACAGAACCCCAGCCUCUUUGUAAAGAUUCUCAUCAGUGGAGGAUUUUGGCAGUGCCAAUUUCUUUUUGGGGUCAUUGUUGCAACUUCUUCAGACCUCGAAGAGUGA